GGCGGCGGGGGCCGCGGGGGCCCGUGGGGCCGCCGGGCAAGCCGGGGCCGCGGGGCGACCUGGGGGCGGCCGGCCUCACGGGUCUGCCUGGUCUCCCUGGAGAACCUGGGCCACCUGGGAAAUCUGGACUUAAAGGAGAGAAAGGAGACUGCUGUGACGCCACCAAGCUGAAGGGCGAGAAGGGCGAGCCCGGCGUGGGGGCCCCCGGCCCCCCCGGCCCCCCUGGGCCCCCGGGACGCUCCGCCCCCACGUCCACGUCGCAGAGCCGCGUCGGAUACAUACCCGUCCCAGGACCGCCUGGCUUACCUGGGCCGCCGGGUCCUCCGGGUGUGUCCGUGAUGGGCCAGAAGGGCGAGCCCGGAGAGCCGGGGGCGCCCAGCUUCCGCUUCCUGCAGUACGACGACCCGAACGCCGGCAGGACAGGUCCGGCGGCCCAGGAGUACAAUGGGAGCGGCCACACCCACCGGACGGCGUUCGAAGAGCGCUUCAGGGGAGAGAAGGCCGGCUACGACGAGGAGGAGCACCGGAACGUGAAGAUCGUCCCGGGCGCCGUGACCUUCGACACCACAGACGCCAUGACGAGGAUGACGGCGGCCAGCCCCGUGGGCACGCUGGCGUACGUGAUGGACGAGCAGGCGCUGCUGGUGCGCGUCGCCGCCGGCUGGCAGUACGUCGCGCUGGGGUCGCUGAUGGCGGUGUCGACGCAGCCGCCGCCCACCACGACGACGACGGAGCGGCCGUCGACGCGCGCCCUGCCCAUCGAGGCCUUCAACGUCGUCAAUGAGCCGAGUCUGCGGCUGGCGGCGCUGAACGAGCCGCUGUCGGGCGACAUGCACGGCAUCCGGGGCGCCGACAACGCCUGCUACCGGCAGGCGCGACGCGCCGGCUUCCGGGGGACCUUCCGGGCGCUGCUGGCGUCGCGCGUCCAGAACGCCGACUCCAUAGUGCGGCCCGCGGACCGCUCGCUGCCCGUCGUCAACACCAAGGGCGAAAUCUUGUUCACUUCGUGGAGAGAUAUGUUCAACGGCGACGAAGCACCCUUCCCGCGAGCAGCGAGAAUUUUCAGCUUCAACGGCAAGAACAUCAUGACCGACUACGGGUGGUCGAAGAAGCUGGUGUGGCACGGCUCGACGCCGGAGGGGGAGCGCAAGAUGGACGCCUACUGCGACGCGUGGCAGUCGACGAGCGGCGAGGGGCUGGCGUCGCCGCUGGCGUCGGGCCGGCUGCUGGCGCAGGAGCGGCUCGCGUGCGGCGCGCGCCUCGCCGUGCUCUGCAUCGAGGCCAGCAGCCAGCUGCCGGCCAGGAGGCGGCGCCGCGGCGCCGGAGGCGGCGACGAAGAAGGCGACGACGACGAAGGCGACGAGCACCAGUGA